AUGGCCCCUACUUCACGUGCGUCAACUGGACUCGCAGCACAUGCUGCGAUCCCAACUUCCCCUUACGGCGGUUCGUGUCCGUCGACUUCGUCAACCUCGACAGGUCACGCGACUGGGAGUUGCGCGUCUACAACGGGCGGCGGCUCUGUCUGCUUCGUCCAAGAGCCUCCUUACACAGGCGCCAGCUGGGGCAACUUCAACCGCAAGCGCGAUGUGCAAGGUGGUGAUGACGAGGCCCCCGCCGGCUGCGGCCGGCCACAGGAGCUGGGGCUUCCGGACGGGACCCGUGUAUCUCUAGCCUUUGAUUCUCCCGACGACAUCUCCGAGCAGUUCCAGGAGCCCAAGAUCGCAGCUUAA